AUGAACAAAGUUUCCGUGAAAGAUCAAGCAUUAUUCAAACUUUUGAAUGCGAAUCGUCAUUCAAAGUUUGCCAAUCAACGACCGAAUAUAAAACUUAUCGCUCAAAAACUAUCAAUAGCUAAUGAAUCAUCCCCAUCUGGCACGAAGAAACAUGAGAAGAUAAAUCAUCCGAAUGAAUUUACCAUUGAUAUGUGUAAACAAUUAUUAGGACUGAAACUUCAAAAGAAAAAAACUGUUCAAGUUCAUCAAACAAAGCUAACCGAUGAAGAAAAACGUCUUUUUGAUGAAGAAGAAUUACUUUCGCCAUAUCAACAUGUUAUUGCUAAUGCAUGUGGACGACGACAGAAAAAAAAACAAGUGCAAAGUCGCCCAUCGGUUAAGAGUAACUCUCUGCCUAUCCAUCAGUUCUGCCGGAUAGGUGUUUAUCCAGAUACAUCGAUAUCCCGGCAACAGAUGGAAGAUGAUCAAGUACCCUGGGCUGUUGAUCUACCAGAUUACAAUCCACCGUAUUACACACAUUCUUCACUGCUCUAUGAUAGUACUGAUACUGAUCCUGAAGAGAUCGAUUCAACUUUUAUGUGGAAUACAUUCGAUAUCAGUCAUAAUAUUGAUCGACGUACUGCAAAUCCAACUGGUCGUUAUGAAAUCGAUGCCGAAGGUUAUCCACUGAAUCCUCUUGGUCGAACUGGUAUACAUGGCCGAGGUAUUCUACCACGCUGGGGAGUUAAUUAUCAAACUCAUCUGGUCGUCAUGUGUGGUACAAAUGAAAUGAAGUUCGAUAAAGAAGUUUUCAAAUAUAUGAUGCAUACGACAGUUGAUGAUUCAUAUUAUCAUUUACCAGCGACAUGGACCACAGGAACAAACAUGAGUGCUGUGAAGAAAACUUUGAAGAGUUUUCUCGGUGACAUUUAUCAUAAAUGGAAUAGUUCAGAUUCGAACGUGAAUGGUGAUGCAACCAAUGGAAUCAUCGAUCAUUUAACAUUUGUCAGCACUGCUUACAUAGACGACGCGAAAAAUACGGACAAUGCUUGGCUUGAAACAUCUGUGUGCUGUUACAUUCAAACCGAUCGAAACAAAAGUGCUUCAUCGAAUCCUUCCCUCGAUCUCAAUGAACUCUUUCCUGACUCAUCUGUACACAACAAAACAGCUUACACAUGGCAAAAAAUAACUCACACAAGCAAACUACUCGACAGUGAACACGACGUGAUCAAAUUAAUCGCUAAUCAUUAUAAUGCCUAUUGGUAA